GUGUUUUUGCUGAGUCACAAUUAAGCGUUGGGAAGUCACACACACACCCAGUUAAUUACUUUUACACUGAAAGCAGUACAGUCACAAUAGGAUUGUCCCUGUGAAAAUGGGAAAGUCAAAGCCAAUCCCAGAAAGUAGGGGGCUGUUUGUUAUCCUGCUGCUAGCUGACAUGCUCAACACUCUUAUACAAGAAAUCAUCUUAUUGGUCAAUGGCAAUCGAAGAGAGAGUGCUAUCGCUGCUUUUUCGAUUUUUGGAAUUAUUGCUGUUUUUUUCUUUGGAUCGUUAGUUGUUGCCCAUUUUCUUUAUCUAUGCUUUCUUAGAGGGCGUCGCAUAACAUUCUUAACAUCUACUAUCCAAACAAUUGGUGCACUAUUCUUCUUCUAUGGAAAUAACAUUAACAUUUUAGUUGACAACUAUGGUGCCGAUCUUGGAUGUAGCACAGUGUGUGCUGUAAACAGUGGCAUCAUAUCUUCAUUUGCUCUGGGAAUUGCUCUUAUUAUCUUCUACGUUGUCCCUCUUGUUGUAAAGAGUUUAUUGAAGCUCCUCGAAUUUAAGCGGAAACUAACUUCUGAAUCGAUUGUCACAGUCGUAAACAAGGUUCCUGAUUGGUUUGCUGCUAUUGAUAUGAUAACGAUAUUUGUGAAGAUUAAUACAGUGUACUCUGCUGUAGUAGUCAUGGUGCAGACCACUGAGUACUGUAACAGCACUGACAUUGCCACAAGCACAACGUUUCUGUUAUUUUGCAUAUUCAUUGGAAUUUUUUCAGAAGUGGUGUAUUUCUUGACCGCAAUGACAACCAACAAAGACAACAACAAGUUGUACUCGAUCUUGGUGACAUUUGGUUUCAUCUCCAUGAUGAUUUGCCUUCCCCUGUACCUUCUCGCUGAUAACCGUCAGCCUCUGGACUGUGCCUUUGGGUGUGACACGUUCACGUUCAAUACGACUGCUAAUGCUGCUACCUGUAACAGCGUUGCCAACGAAGGUGUGAGACUUGGAUUUAUCAUUGUAUCACUCAUUUUUAUUGCCACAAUCCCAGUUGUGUAUUUCAUCCUUAAUCAAAAUGCAAGAGAUGAAUUAACGCAAAUUCAUUCGGAAAUAAAACAUAAGAUUACGGAGGAAUUCAAUAUUUCUAAAGUUGGUGUGGCGAUUAAAGAUACAGUCACUAAUCUGGGCAGAGCUGCCAAGGACAAGCUGGAUGAUCUUGGAGAAACAAUAGAAGAGGCGAUAGAUGACGUCAAGUACUAUUAAACCCAGUUUUGCCUCUAUAUAACUAUCAGUUAUGCUGCAUGUGUAUAUAGUCAGUGAUAGUGAUAACAAUGCUGCAUAAUAAAUUUCAACCAGAAAGUA